AUUCAAGAAGAGGAAGUUUCGUCUGCUGGGCUUGGCAUGGGCCUUGGGCUGGAAACGCUCGUACCCAGAAAAGGCCGUCCGGCCCAACGGUAGGUAGAUCGUCGAGCAGAUUAAAUUUCCAUUUUGCCUAGCGCGGACUUUCUCAGGUUUCUUGCCCUCGGCUACUGCUGCAUUGACGCGAACAAUGGCUGGUAAGGAGGAAGAGGGCGUCGCCGAAGAAUUUGUGUACAGAAUCAGUACCGCCGAGGAGUGGGAGGAACUGCAGAAGUCUGGAAGCACUUACGGCGGCGAUCUUGACAAGAAAUCUGGUUUCAUUCAUCUUAGCAAGCUCAAUCAGGUACAGUCAACUCUGCAGACUUUCUUUGCUAGCCCUGAGAUGGUUCAGUGUGUGAGGCCAAUUCUGGAGAAUUUUUGCUCCAAUACUGAGAAAGAUCUCUACCUGCUUCAAGUAGACUCCAAAAAGCUGGGGGACGGAUUAAUUUAUGAAGCUGUGGAUGUAGUUGUGGGUGGCUCCAAUGUCUUCCCACAUUUCUACGGCCCGUCUCGGAGUUUCAGUCCUCUCCCUUUAGAUGCAGUGACAAAAGCAGAGAAGAUCACUAUGUCUGGUGGCCUUUUCAGCUGCAGUUUGCUAGAUUAAGUGUUGUUGCGGAUUGGGUUCGACAGAUCCUAUUUCAUUUCGAGCUUUUCUUCUGUACAUGACAUCUGUGUAACUGAGCUAUUCGAUUGACUGAUGUAACAAUGUCUUAGCUAAAAUAAAUCAAGCUUCUAUUUUGUA